AUGCCCUUGCUGCCCAGCACUGUGGGCCUGGCAGGCCUACUCUUCUGGGCAGGCCAGACAGUGAAUGCCUUGAUGCCCAAUGCCACCGUGGCACUGGCCUGGACCGAGGGGACAGCAGUGCGGCCCCUGAGUGGCCUUGGGGUGCCCCGGUACCGGCGGAAGCGGCACAUCUCUGCCGGGGACAUGAGUGCCCUACUGGAUUUUCACAACCACAUCCGGGCCAGUGUGCACCCACCCGCGGCCAACAUGGAGUAUAUGGUCUGGGACGAGCGGCUGGCCAGGUCCGCUGAGGCCUGGGCCACCCAGUGUAUCUGGGCCCACGGACCCUCCCAGCUGACAAGAUACGUGGGCCAGAACCUCUCCAUCCACUCUGGCCGGUACCGCUCAGUGGUGGACCUCGUGAAGUCUUGGUCUGAGGAGAAGCGCCAUUACUCGUUUCCGGCCCCCAGGGACUGUCGGCCGCGCUGCCCCUGGCGCUGCAGUGGUCCAGUCUGCUCCCACUAUACCCAGAUGGUGUGGGCAUCUUCCAAUCGGCUGGGCUGUGCCAUCCACACCUGUGGCAGCAUCAACGUCUGGGGCAGCACCUGGCGUCACGCAGUGUACCUGGUCUGCAACUAUGCCAUUAAAGGCAACUGGAUUGGCGAGGCACCAUACAAGAUGGGAAGGCCAUGUUCUGCCUGCCCCCCAAGUUACCAAGGCACCUGUAGUAGCAACAUGUGCUUCUCCAGACUCAAAUCCAAUCAGCUCCUGUGGGUCUAACUUUUCCCCAGGCUCUGGGGGGGGGGGGGGGAGGCGCUGGCCCUCCCCUAAAGGCUCCCUCCCCAAAGUCCAGAUGAAAGCAUAAUUGCUUUUGUAAAGGACAUUACUGAGCUCUCUCCACUGAUCUGA